AUGACACAGGUCACACUGUGGUGUGAUAAUGAAAGUAGUACUGUUAAAGCUCAUGGUGAGCUGAGUUUUAAGGCUCCGAGCGGGAGCGAGGUGUGUUUGCGCAGUGGCUCUGCCAUUCGCGCUCCUAGGGCAGUUCUGCCUCGUUGGUUGUCCGUGUUCGCCGAGGCGGGCUGCGCCGCGGUCCUUGGGCUUGGAGGAGAGCCAGGCGUUUGGGCAGCUCCGUUCUUUUUUGGUCUGCUUGCGGAUUUUGUUUUGGAGACGGCGCUCCCUGCAGCGCCCGGACGGGGGCGGGGGGCGGCGACGGUCCUGGGGCCGCCCGCCGCUCAAAUAGCGGCCGGCGUGUCUGGCCGCCGAGCUGGCACAGCGGCCCCCGCCAUGGUGACGGCGGGGAGCGGGCGGCGCGGUCACUCCCCACGGCAGCGGGGCCCCGGCGGCUCUCCUGGCCGCUGCCCUCGGCGCCCGGCGCGGCCACGGCACCCGAGGACGGCGGCGGUAGCGGGAGCGGCGGGGGAGAGCCCGCAAGACCUACAGGCUUUCCGCGACUACGGGGAGAGCUGGUACUGCUCUCGCAAGCGGCUGGAGAGCCGCUUCCAGCCACGGGAACCGUUGGCUCGGCAGCCGCAGGUGACGGCGGAGGCGCGCUGCAAGCUGAUCAGCUGGCUUAUCUCCGUGCACCGCCACUUCGGCUUCUCCUUCGAGGCGCUUUGCCUGGCCGUCAACAUCCUCGACCGCUUCCUCGCCACCACCCCCGUGGCCGCCGACUGCUUCCAGCUCCUGGGGGUGACAGCCCUGCUCAUCGCAUGCAAGCAGGUAGAGGUGCACCCCCCCAGCGUCAAAGAGCUCCUUGCUCUCUGCUGCGGCGCCUUCACCCGGCAGCAGCUCCGCAACCUAGAGUGUAUCGUCCUGCACCGCCUGGGUUUCGACCUGGCGGCCCCCACCAUCAGCUUCUUCCUGGAGCACUUCAGCCAGGUGCGGCUGGAGGCAAGCGGGGCUGACCUGAGGGAGGCGGCCGACGCCAGGAGCCUGGCUGGCGGGGUGGCAGAGCUCAGCCUGGCCGACUAUGCCUUCACCAAGUACGCGCCUUCGCUGCUGGCCGCAGGCAGCCUGGGGCUGGCGGACCGGCUGCUGCGGCACCGCAGCCCCCUGGACCUGCGGGUCAGCGGCUAUCCGGAGGGCCUCCUGCGGGACUGCAUGGACCAGCUGCAGCUGCUGGUGUCUCUGAACGGGCAGUCCCUGCCUCUCCUCUUGCCCCCGGAGGUGGCCCAGAAAUGCGCCUGGCUGCCGAGUGGCCGCUGA